AUAGUUUUUUUCCUUAAUAGAGACAAAAAAAAAUGGGAAGAUCUCCUUGUUGUGAUAAGAGUAAUGUGAAGAAGGGUCCUUGGUCUCCUGAAGAAGAUGCUAAGCUCAAGGAUUUUAUUGACAAAAAUGGCACUGGUGGAAAUUGGAUCUCUCUCCCCCAAAAAGCUGGUUUGAAGAGAUGUGGGAAGAGUUGCAGGUUGAGAUGGCUUAACUAUUUGAGGCCUAACAUUAAACAUGGAGGAUUCACUGAUGAGGAAGAUAGAAUAAUUUGUACUCUUUUUUCCACUAUUGGAAGCAGGUGGUCAAUAAUCGCAACGCAAUUACCGGGAAGAACGGACAAUGACAUAAAGAAUCAUUGGAAUAGCAAGCUAAAGAGGAAGCUUAUAGAAAUGGAGAAGAAAGCCCAAAUAACCACAUCCAGAACCAUACCAUCUUCACAUAAUCAUCAUCAUCAUCAAAUUUUCUCAUCAUUUUCAUCUCAACCACUCUCAUCCCUAAUCAACAAACAUGAUGACUACUUCAAUGAUAUUAAUUAUUCCAAUUAUAACCUUUCCUCCCCUCCAACAACAAUCAAAAGCUUUGAAUCUCUCAUUUCAUCAAUCCCAUCAAAUUGGUCAAACAACAAUAAUAACAUUAGCCCUAGCCCCUGUCUUGUCCAAACACAAGAAACAACCAACUUAUUGAGUAGUAAUUCCUUGAUGUAUAAUCAUCAUAAUCCAUUGGUACAAAUGAAAGAAAGCUGCUUAUUAGGGUUUGGAAGUGAAGGAAGUUGCAGUUCAAGUACUUCUGAUGGAAGAAGCUACACUCAAAUCAACACCACUUCAGGGAUAAUGGGAUUUCAAAAUAAUAAUAAUAAUAAUAACCCUAAUUAUUAUUAUUAUUAUUCUGAUAAUAUUAUGAAUUAUAUUAAUCAUCAACCAGCUGCUAAUCUUGAGUACUCUUACAUGGAGGAUGAAAACAAAACAUUACUAGAAAAUUUCAUGUACUGAGAAAGGGGGUAAAAAGGUCAGAUAAACUUAUCUUCUUCGUUUUUUUUUUUUUUUUUUUUGUGGGGAAGAUUAAUUUUCUUUUGUGUUUUGACAGCACUUGGGUAAAAUUUUCUUUUGAUUUUGUGCACUUUGUUAAUGAAGGUAAUUUAAUGAUGUGAAACUGUUGGUACAAACUUUGUUUUUUUA